ACUAUCUUCCUUCUAUGCAUCGCUACCGUCUACACAGCUUCACUAAGCAAUAUAUCCGAUGAGGAUUUCUCCGCAGAAAUGGAAGAAUCAAUGACCAAAGAUGAAAACGCAGGACAAAUAACCGAAUACGACCCUAUGACUCCUAGCUUCGUACUUUCUGAAGAAUUACAAUCAAACGGCUUUCAAAUGGGCAAAUCAAUAGUUGAAGGGUUACUGGGUCUAUUGAAAAUAGCCAGACAAAUGGCCAUGAGCCAGGAAGGACUGAAGAAUAUGUCGUUUUUGGUGGGUAACAUGGUGUCGAUGGUAGCCGGCCGAUAUUAUGAGACGUUGAAGAGAUUUAUGCCUCUGUUUUCUGGGAUGGUCACAGGGUUACUUGAGACGUUGAGAUGAACAUACAACGAGCCAGCUGCGUUUCGCCGGCCAAGCUGAUAACCUAUCAAUUUCCAGUAGCGAUAUUUCCAAUGAG